UGAACGACCCAGCUGGGUCCGGUCCCUUUGAUAGCUGGGUCGUCUUGACGUCUAAAUCGAAUCAAAGGGCCCCUACACGUGAGAAAAAAACAGCACUCAAAGCAUAGGGAGAGGAAGAAGAAACGAAAAAAAAGCUCGUCAUGGAGCCCCGCAGAACCCCUCCCGAAUACUUUCUGGAGAUAUUCGCUGAUACAACUACAGUCAGAGAUGUGCUGAAAGGCGUUCUCAACCUCAUCUUCUUUCACCGUUACUUCCCCUCCAUCCGACCUACGACUUUUGAUGUUCUCGAUCUCACACUUCCUGCUAUCAACGACGUGGAUCUUGAGACCCUCAUCGACUCCCGUGUUAGUUCACUAGUCCGCCAGUAUCUUUCUUCCUCCCCUAGUGCGCAUGACGUCGGCGGUGCCGGUACGGGGGAGGGGGGUGUCCGCGGCCGUAUUGCCGUCGAGUUCUACGAGAAGAAGCGCAGGCGCUCAGGACUCUGGUUCGGCGGACUCGCGGGAAAAGGUGAGGAAGAAGUAUGUUGGGAGACUUGGACGUUGGAUGUGACGAUUGCUACUCCUAGGACUGAGUCUGAACGUGCCAAAGUCCGGAGAGCUAUGGAAAAUAUGCUUCAAAAGGCCGCCCUCAAAAUCCUUGCCGUCGUCAAUAGAGAUAAGGAUCAUAUCCCGCCCAUUACCACGAGCGAUUCCAAUCCUUUCCCAUAUCGCAUCGUGCUGAAUCCACGCACAGAUACCUGGGGAAAUCGCAUCGGGCUAUAUUGA